UUAACAAAUCCAAUCCAUUAAAACAGCCCAAAUGAUAGAACAGAACCAGCAACAACUUGGUCGUUCUUCUUUCUUCUCUAGUAUUCUCAAUCUCAACUCUCUCUCUCACUCUCAGUCUCCGUUAAGUUAAACCCGCAACCGAAAGAUUAUUUCAUUAUUCAAUUAAUAUCUCUAUCUUAAAUUCGUUCUUGUAUGCUCCUUCAUUACUCAUAAUAAUUCAUGGCUUUCACUUCCACACACUCUCUCUACACACACCCGCAACAGCAAUUUCGCCUCCGCCACCGUCGGUCGCAAUUGCUAACCGUCACCGCCGUCCAAUUCGUUUUGCUUCCGACGCGAAACCGCCGAAGAACCUUUACCUUUGAAGCAACUUCUAGAAACUUCGUUGUUACGGCUAAUUCACGUGCUUCCGGUUCUCGUAGAGUUUAUCGCGAGUCUCAGUCCAACGCACCUCUUUCUGUUGCCUCGGUUAAACAGAUUGCAACUUCUGUUGCUCCGUUUGGAGUUUUCUUAGCAGUUACUUUGGUUAUCUGGAAAUUGGUGGAGAAGCUUCUUGUUACAACUCCAAAGCAGUCGAAGGCUCCGACUUCUGAAGGUCAGUCUGCUUCACAAGGAUUGAAAUGGUCUUUUGCUGCUGGUACAAAUUUGUUGUCUCAGCUUGGGGUGAAGAUUGAGAGUCAAUCUAAACAGAAACUUAACGAAUUUGCUCGAGAACUGAGGUCAUUUCCAAGUAUUGAUAUGUCAGGGCGCAAUUUUGGAGAUGAAGGAUUAUUCUUUCUUGCAGAGAGCUUGGCAUUCAACCAGACUGCAGAGGAAGUGAGUUUUGCUGCAAAUGGAAUAACUGAUGCGGGAAUGAAAGCUUUUGAUGGUGUUCUACAAUCAAACAUCACAUUGAAAAUUCUUGAUCUUUCAGGAAAUCCUAUUGGAGAUGAAGGAGUUAAGUGUCUGUGUGGCAUAUUGAUGGAUAACUCCAGCAUUGAGAAGCUCCAGCUAAAUAGUGCCGACUUAGGGGAUGAGGGUGCAAAAGCUAUUGCAGAAAUGCUGAAGAAAAAUUCGAGUUUGCGGGUUCUUGAACUUAACAACAACAUGAUUGAAUAUUCUGGAUUUACUAGUAUUGCUGGAGCACUUCUUGAGAAUAACAGCAUAAGAAAUAUACAUCUCAAUGGCAAUUAUGGUGGUGCCUUGGGGGCUAAUGCAUUGGCUAAAGCACUCGAGGGCAAUAAGUCUAUAAGGGAACUACAUUUGCAUGGAAAUUCUAUUGGAGAUGAAGGAAUUCGUUCUCUGAUGACAGGAUUAGCUUCACAUAAAGGGAAACUUACACUUCUAGACAUUGGCAACAACUCAUUAACAGCUAAAGGUGCAUUCUACGUUGCUGGGUAUAUUAAAAAGAUCAAAAGCUUGUUAUGGUUGAACCUUUACAUGAAUGACAUUGGUGAUGAGGGUGCAGAAAAAAUUGCAGACGCUUUAAAGGAAAAUCGGUCAAUAACAACAUUAGAUCUGGGGGGAAAUAAUAUUCAUGCUGUUGGAGUUGGUGCCGUUGCUAAAGUUUUGAAAGAUAAUUCAGUUAUUACCACUUUAGAACUUAGUUAUAAUCCCAUUGGACCAGAUGGAGCCAAGGCCUUGGCCGAAGUUCUCAAGUUCCAUGGAAAUGUAAAAACCCUUAAACUUGGUUGGUGCCAGAUAGGAGCAAAAGGGGCAGAAUCCAUUGCGGAUGCUUUAAAAUAUAAUACGACAAUAUCAAUUCUGGACUUACGAGCAAAUGGACUAAGAGAUGAAGGUGCAUUGUGCCUGGCUCGCAGCUUGAAAGUUGUUAAUGAAGCUCUAACCUCACUAGAUUUAGGAUUUAAUGAAAUAAGGGAUGAUGGAGCUUUUGCUAUUGCUCAAGCACUCAAGUCUAAUGAAGAUGUGGCUGUCACAUCUUUAAACAUCGGCAGUAACUUCCUUACCAAAUUUGGCCAGAGUGCUUUAGCUGAUGCAAAAGACCAUGUGUUUGAGAUGACCGAAAAGGAAAUCGCCAUUUUUUUCUAGAAGACAGUAUACUUUUCAGUAUAUUAUUAUUGUCAUAUCCUGCAACUAGAGCUUCUUUGGUUGUUUUGCAUAUUAGCUGCCGGCAAGUACUGGUAAGAGCUCGUUCACGUCAAUUUUUUGAGCUCUAACCAUUCAUUGAGUGAAGUAUAGGAAUUUUGUUUUGAUGCAUUGUAUCCGUAAAUUUGUAGUUCUUGAAAUGGGUUUAAACUUUUGCAUAUUUUUUCCUGUGAAAAAACUGUUGCAUAUUCUUUCUAUCCCUUUGAUGAAAUAGUUCACCCACGGCCACAGUAAUCAAUGCAAUGAUGUAUUUUAUUAAUAUUAUUACAAUUAGCAUCAUCAACUUUUCAGGGUAUAA